ACACGCAGAGAGGCGCCGGGUCAACGCGCCAGGUAGCAACGCCUCGGAACAGCCGUCGACGUAGUCCUCGUCGCCGUCCUCGUCCUCGCCAUCUCAGCGGCGGGGUGGUGUCGUGCUUCUCCUUCUCACGAGAGCGCGGACAGCCGCGACGACUCCGGGGGACAAACAUGGGGUCCUUUCACAUCGCCUCCUGGAGCUUCGCCCUCCUCGCGGCCACGGUCGCCCUGCUACCCGCCACGCAUCGCGCACCCUUCGCAUACGCUGCAACUGGCGGCGGCAGUAUGCUGGGCGACGUGAACAUCUCAGCGAUACUGGACUCGUUUUCCAUCAGUUACGAUAAAAGAGUAAGGCCGAACUACGGAGGUCCUCCCGUCGAGGUGGGCGUCACCAUGUACGUCUUGAGUAUCAGCUCCCUAUCCGAAGUGAAAAUGGACUUUACGUUGGAUUUUUACUUCCGACAAUUCUGGAAGGACCCGCGACUCGCGUUCAAGCAGCGAACAGGCGUCGAGACGCUCAGCGUCGGCUCCGAAUUCAUCAAGAAUAUCUGGGUACCCGAUACCUUCUUUGUCAACGAGAAGCAGUCGUACUUUCACAUCGCUACCACCAGCAACGAGUUCAUUCGCAUUCAUCACUCAGGAAGCAUCACGCGUAGCAUACGCUUAACGAUUACAGCGUCAUGUCCCAUGAACUUGCAGUAUUUCCCGAUGGACCGGCAACUGUGCCAAAUCGAGAUCGAGAGCUUUGGAUACACAAUGCGCGAUAUUCGGUACAAAUGGAACGCCGGCCUACAGUCGGUCGGCAUGUCGAACGAGGUGGAACUACCGCAGUUUCGCGUGCUCGGUCACAGGCAACGACAGACAACCAUACACCUAUCUACAGGGAAUUACUCGCGGCUGGCCUGCGAGAUCCAGUUCGUACGGUCGAUGGGCUACUACCUGAUCCAGAUCUACAUACCCUCGGGGCUGAUUGUCAUAAUAUCGUGGGUGAGCUUUUGGCUAAACCGAAACGCAACCCCCGCUCGGGUGGCCCUCGGAGUAACCACUGUGCUCACUAUGACGACCCUAAUGUCCUCGACGAAUGCAGCGCUACCAAAGAUCUCCUACGUCAAGUCCAUCGACGUCUAUCUGGGCACCUGCUUCGUCAUGGUCUUUGCCUCGUUGCUCGAAUACGCUACGGUGGGCUACAUGGCGAAGAGGAUUCAGAUGCGGAAGAAUCGAUUCCAAAAGAUAGCGGAGAGCAUGAAGGCCGUGAGCGAGAAUCCAGGACCGCCGCGCGUGCCCGGCGAUCAUGGCGAUCACGCGCCUAAACAAACUGAGGUGCGGUUCAAGGUGCACGACCCAAAGGCACACAGCAAAGGUGGGACACUCGAGAACACUAUAAACGGUCGCGCCGAUGAGGAAACGGCGGGCGCACCGCAACAUCUUAUUCACCCUGGCAAAGACAUCACCAAGCUCUACGGUAUGAGUAGACCAUGUAUUACGCCGUCGGACAUCGACAAAUACUCGCGCAUCGUGUUCCCGGUGUGCUUCGUUUGUUUCAACCUGAUGUACUGGAUCAUUUACCUCCACAUCAGCGACGUGGUCGCGGACGACCUCGUAUUGCUCGAGGAGGCCAAGUAAACGACCACGACGACGACGACGCCACGGCGCUCCGAAUCGAGAGGGAUGGAGGACGACGGUUGUGCGCAUAGUCGAACUCUCACGCGGCAGGACUGGAUGGAGGCCGAUUCGCGGGGAGAGGCGACCACGAGGAGAAAGACGAGUCAAGACGCGCGCUCUAUCCGGCCGACUACUUAGAGACGAGAGGGCGAGCGAGGACAGGACAUGACAAGUGCACUCGGAACGUGCGCUUAGAUCCACCUCAGUAGCGCCGGUAACCACUUCUCCACGCUUGGAAGUAGUAACGGACGAACAUGGGCAGCCACGCGCGGCCGAGCGGACACGGAGUGCCUCGCGGUCGCUGGAAAGUAGAAACGGAUAGACACCUGCAGGCUGCACCGCUCCGAUGACUGGCCAAACGCGCACAUUACUACUGCACGGCGUGGCUACCGCAACUUCUCUGGACGCGGGCUCCAUCCGUUCGUCCAUCAGUGAGCGGACUCGCGUCAUCCUCGGCUAUCUCCACGAGACGUUCUUCGUUAAAGGUCUCGGUACAUAAAUAUAUAUAUAUAUAUAUAUAUAUAUAUAUAUAUAUAUAUAUAUAUAGGCGUAUCGCGCCGAUACACAGAGAUAUGUUAUGUCGCGACGCGAGCAGGAGAACGGACAAGUAAACGAGCUAGCAAGCAAGCAGGAGCUCAACACCUCGAAAGCGAAUCUACGAGCAUACAUACCAUAAAACAUUGCCAGUAUAGGUAUCUCUAGGUCUUAAAUGGAGAAAAUACCUUCGAUAUAAACACUUGUCAAUUUAGCCAUCAUAUUAUAUAGUAACGUUAACUAACGUUAAGUAACGACACCGAGACUCGCUGGCACGCAGCGACGAUUCAAACGCGGCUAAACGUGAUGCCAGGGCUUGCGGAAAAAUAUAAGAUUAUUGACGUUUGUCGAGGUUGGGUUUGGAUCGUCGCUCUGACGCCGUCGGCGGCGCACGAGCGCGGACAGGAGAAACGUAGCGGAAAUCGCGUGGCAUGUGCGCGCUUGCAUGCAAACAUGUGAACGAGUAAACGAGCGAGAAAGCGAAAGAGAGAGAGAGAGAGAGAGAGAGAGAGAGAGAGAGAGAGAGCGUGAGAGAGCGAGAAUGAACGUAAAUAUGUGUGUAUGUUGUAUGUGCGUGUGUGUGAACGCGCGCGCUAAACGAGGGAAACGACGGGCGGGAAAGUUUAUAGUCCGAACGAAGACAAACGAUGUAUUCUAUCGGAGACUGGUGCGCACUAUUGUUUAAGUAAACAUAAGUACUUGUAUAUUAACGUAAACGCGUACGCGGCCGCGUUAGGCACGCGUCGUGCAUGCGAAUAUUAGACACAUGUGCGUGCACACGUGCGUACGCGGAGAACGCGUACAGACGUUGAGGGUUUUUCGAGAUCCGGAAAUCGCAGCAACAAAAAGAAAAACAGGAAAGUAAAAGAAAGGUGUGGGGGGAGAGGGAGAAGGGUACAAGUGCGACGCAGGGCGCCCACGACGAAAGCCGUACGGUCUCGCGGCAACGGCAUUUCCCCGGAGAGCAUCCGCAUUUGUUUGGAUUACCGCCAAUGUGAACGGCGAGGUUUCUCCUCAUUUUGUGUAAGACUUUUUUACGACUUUUAACAGGCGCCUUUUGUAUUGCCGUGCGUGACGUGUGUCGCCGCCGCAGCGAGACCCGCGCAAUUCUCGUCACUCGUCCCGGGGCGUCUCUGUACGCGUAUAUGUGCGUGUGCACGUGGCUCAAUCGGGAGUACUAUUCUUAGUUCGUACUACGUAGUCGCGACUGUUUACGUAGUGAAGAACUCUUGGGACGUAUGACGAUUAUAGAUCGGACGUAAAAAAAGAAUAAAAAAGAGAGAGAAAGAGAGAGUGAAGAGAAAAGGGAGGGGGGAGAAGAGAGGAAGGGAGAGCAGAAAAAACUAUUUCAAUCGAGUUGAAAUUCGAGGCGGACAGCGAACCAAGGCAAAAUGCGGCUCAGCGCGCUCGUUCGAUAUCUAUUUUUGACCAUCAAAAAACUUCUCGCCAGGGAAGUACCCGGUACAAUUAAUACAGGCGUAUGUACAUGUGUCGUGAUCAAACACAUCUUUAUUUGAUCGUAGUGAGAACACGGUAGGGAACGAGAAGUGGAAUCAAUCCGUCAUCACGAUCGCCACGUCGCGUUGUUCCGAAAUAUAUAUAGAGAUAUUGGAUAUAUACUUUCUCUCUCAUCAAAGCGUCUUAAAUUAUUCUUGUACACACACACACACACACACACACACACACACACACACACAUAUAUAUAUAUAUAUAUAUAUAUAUAUAUAUCGUGUAACGUGUUAGAGCAACGCGGUCGUACUGGAUCUCACCGAUUCAAGUCUUAUUCCGUAGCUUAUUCCGUCGACAUUUCCCUGCAGCAUCUGUUCUCGAGACGAAAACAGCAGUAUACGGUCGCCCUUAUACCUCCGUACGUGGAUUGGUUUUAUUCCCUUUUCCCCUCCCUUCUCCUCCAACGAGCGGAGUGUGAUAGUCUCUUUAUUUUCUCGUCUACCAUAUGCUACACAUUUUUGUCAAUUCAAUUAACACUAAUUGCACAAUGUUCCACUCUCUUCUUUUCGAGCGCUGCGCUCUCUCGGAUGUGGCUCUUAUCUUUUGAGAUGCCGUUCGCUAAUACGCACGUCGAUUACUUAGCAAGACCUACCUCGAAGAAAGAAAGGGAAAAAAGCGUAUUCAGAGCCGUGUUCUCUUUUCUUCGCACAUUUCACGUACAGAUUGUCCCGGUAAUCAAACGCUUUCUCUCGAACAUCAUCAAUUCCGCCUCAGCGAAGAUUGGAUUGGACGCUUCUUUUGUUUUAUUAUCCGGCGAGAUCGCGCGUGCAUCUUGAUAAUUAAAUUCGGAAUGGAAAUUCCGUUGAGAGAAGCGAGCACUGUGUACGGAAGAGAAUAAUACGUUUUCUCGUCCAUCUCGCAUGUCUCACGAAAGUUCGACUUGUAAAAACACGCCGAUCGCGUCAGUCAUUCGUAAUUCAAGAACGAUGAAGCGACAUUCUGCUCGCUUUGACUUCUGACGUCCGUAGUUCGGGAAAAACGCAACUUUUGAAACACUCUGUAUACAUAUACACACUCGCGCUCCCUUUUUGCUUGACCUUCUCUUUCCCUCCCUUCCUCCCUCUCUCUCUCUCUUUCUCUCGCCCCUUGGACACAGCGGCUGACUGCAAGCUGGGCCGUGGAAGCUUGCCAUUCAGGAUAUCGACCAGCUGACACGCCCAACCCACCCUCCGACUCUUUCCCACCCCUCCCACUCUGUCGCCCUUACUCUUCCGGCGUCACCCCAUUCCUCUCUAGUUCCACUUCGCAAUCGCCAAAUAGUACCAGACGCUCCUGUCAGUCGCGCGCACAUUUAAUAAGGAGCUCUCUUUGCCUUAGUACUACGUGAAAAUUCUUUAUGAAAGUAGGUGAUCCUAGAGAGAGCCGGGAGAUUCUGCCUUGGAUCACUAUCCACCACGGACAUUCGAAAGAAACGAAGGAGGGAUAGUCGUUUUCAAUCGUCACGUUCUACCAAUGCGAGUACGCGGGAUCAUGCCAUUUUUAUUAGAUGACGUCGGCCACCCUCUUUAUCGACUCUCCAUCAUCGGGAAAGGAGUUACAAAUAACCACGGGGUAUCAAUGACUUAACGGUACGUGCGGCGCUUGUCCUAAGGAACGUUGCGCUUGAAAUUCAACCGGCAACAUUUGCUCUCCGUCGCAUGGAGCAACUUUCGUAAAAAUUCAAACGGGACAAAGAUUACGUUCCAUUGUUCAGUCGUCAAAAUUGCGUAUAAAGUCGAGGACACACCAGCGUUGUCGAUAAAUAAGUCGAACGGUGCGCACGCGACUAAAUAUACAAUACUCCUUACGAACACGAAAGAUCAACGUAUAGGUCUACGAAAUAUCUAAAAAACGCCUAAAACAUUGACAGGUCUUUCAAGCGCGUUUGAGAUGACUUUUAGACGUUUUUUAUAUGUUUGUCUCAUCGAUGAGAGUCGGUUUCGACAAAGGCUAUUUUUCAAAAUGAUUCAAAUUCACUAGACCGUGGACCUAGGGGAAUAGCUUUAAAGAUUCUCAAGUAGAUAUGUCGUAAUUUUAUAUCUCCACGCCGUGUGUCUUAAGACUAUACAAAGCAGGGAUUGAAAUCUACAUGAUUCUUUGAUGCUACGUGUACAUGAAAAAAAAAGAAAAAGAAGAAGAAAACGAAAAGCGAAAGGAUUCUUUAUACGAAUCCUCGCGUUCCAUCGCCGCGAACUGCCGUACAUAAGCUGCGAUUCUCGCGUGUCUACCGGUAACUCGAUGCAACGUAAUUGCAACGGUUUCAAUCGUCGCCACGCGACUCUCGUCGCUGUGGGGACGUGCUUUCUCCAUUUUUCCCGAUAUUGCCGACACGACGCGACGCGACGCGACGCCGACGCCGACGUCGACGCCGACGCCGACGCGACGGGCUUGCAUUUCCGCGUCAUUCGCGAAACUCAGCCGCGAUUAUUUCCCAUUGCGAAGCACGACGAUCAAUCUCUCGUGGCAAUUCGGCGACUUAUCUCGCCCUCUCUCGCGUUUCCAGGGCCGAACACUUGACAUCCGGCUACUACCAGUCGCGAUCACGCGACAAUGCAAAUAACGAACGGCGCGAGUUUGUCAUGCGCCCAAAGACGCAAAUCGCGUGCUCAGCCCUCGUUCGUUUCUUUCUUCGGUUUCGCUCGUACAUAAUAUAUAAGUAUCGAUGCACUUCCACGUCCGCCCCAACAGGAAGCGUUAUAUGCAAUUUAUAUAACUGUACAUCCGUUAUCUAUUCGGAGUCUCUAUAAUAACGGGGAAGGAGAGAGGGAGGAUGGAAAAAGAAAGAGAGAGAGAAAGAAAGAGAAAAAGAGGAAAGAGAAGAAGAGAAAGAGAAGAUCUAACGCGUUUUCUCGUUGUGAUAUAUUCUAUGGUAGCUACAUACAUUUAUUCGCGCGCAUAUGAUGACGUACGCGUGCCUAUUGUUUACGCUGAAUUCUUAAGCCAGGUGGACAAGCAGCGGGAAUUGGCGCGUCCACGAUCGCGAAGGGGGAGGAGGAAAUAAUAGAGAAAAAGAUAAAUAAAUCUUCCUUAGAUAGGCAAGUGUAUUAGGUAGAUAUAAAAUAUAAAACGAACUAAUUAAAUAACGUAAUAAUUAAUUAUACAAGUGAUAAAAUAACCGAAUGACAUAAUGGAUAUAGAGAGAUCUCGUGUCCCGCACGCACGACUUCGAGAUUUCGCGCGUGAAUGAUAUUCGCUUCCGACGCGCGACAUCAAAGCCAAUUUAUUAACCACUAAUCCGAUGACAUCGAUGAUUUUACGCUUCGUAAUGACCGAUCACGCGUUAAUUUCCCUCGAGAACACCGAUCGCGAUAAUCCCGCAUGAACACUGUCCUUUUUCAUCAAUAUACUGAGUUCGAGAGUAACUUGUUAUCAUUUAUCUAGAUGGCAUCACAUAACGAUUAAUUUAAUAUUCAAGAAAAAUAUGACCACAUUCUCGGCAGAAUCCUCUGACAUAUGAUUUCGAGUGGAUUUUUGUAAAACUAGAAGGAAAAGAUUCUAAACACAAUAUUCUCAAAGUUAGACGAAUUUUGCUUCUUAUCUACAGGAUAUACAAGUCUUGCUCGUUGUAAACGGGCAUACUGCUUCAAGUAAACAUAUUCUUCUUGAUUCAAAAGGAAAAAAAGGUUCGAAUAAUAUCUACCUGAUUUCCUAUUAAUAGUUCAUUGCCUUAGAAGAGGAAUACACACAGAAAAAUACAUACAAUACAUUUACAAUACAUACAAAAUACAUUUACUAUAUUCAAGUAAAUGUCGCUUACUCCAAAUAUAUUUUAUAUAUUUGCAAGUUUAUCGCGUAAGUUUAUCCUAAACAUCACAUUUAUUCAAAACACUUUUUAACACUAGAAAAACCGAGGCAGCCAAUUUGGCUCCUCGUGACAUUCGAAUUGCUGUAAUUUUUUUCAACUUCGUUUUUCACGUGAUAUUCUUUUUGUGACAUUUCAUCAUUUUUCAUGUUUUUAAUUUUGAUAAAAAAAAUGUUCGAAUUAUAUAAAAAGGUUGACUUUUUAUUUAAUAGCCUACCUAGAAAGAUUGUUGGAGCCAAUUUGAAUCCCUUAUCUCUGUGUAUGUUUUACGAGUUUACUUACAACUUUUAUAAUUUUAAACAGAUAAAUAAAUAUUUUUAUGUGUAUCUUUCUAUUUGUCUAUUUAAAAAACAAAUAUACAUAUAUAUGCACACGUAGAUAUGCAUAUAUACAGAGUAUUCAAGACUUUUCUCUGCAAUUUUUGUAGGAAUGAGAUGAACAUAACAGUCCUAUACCGUUUAGCGAUAUUUGCAAUAAAUCUCAAGAUAUUAAUUAAAGAAAAUUAGCGAAUAAUCACGUGCGAAAUAGUAGAUAUAAUGGUGCCGUCUGUUGUUGUAUAUUUAUAGAUUAGGUCCAAUUGAACAAAAAAGUUUUCUACCAUUUGGUAAAUGACCACAUAGAUUUUCAGAUAUUAAUUAAAGAAGAUUUAUGUAUUUUCGCGUAAAAUCAUACGUGCACUCUUACGGUAAAAGUUUUUUGUUUAGAAUAUAAGAUUACAGGAUAACAUGGAUAACAUCUUGCAACUCUUUUUUUGAGUUGUUAGAAUAUUUUCCUUUCGUGUUUUAAAAAGAAUCUUCUUGAGGCCGUACAUAAAAGGAUUUCGCCAAGGAUGAGAUUAUUUUUUUCGGGUAAAUCAAUACACUUUUGCUUUGUUCGAGCGAGUGAAAAUUUCGAUAAUUUUUUUGUCAAUCAACGUUUCGGGAAAUCGAUCCGGCGCUGAGAGAUGAAAUAGUAACAAAUCCAAAACCGCGAUUGUCGAAUAUUCUGCAUUGAAUAUUGAAAAAGCACAGGUGUGUUAUAUGUGAAUCGAUAAUACAUAAAGCACGUCGUAUAACAGGACGCGCCAAUUCCUCAAGACCGCCCCGAUCGACCAUUAUUAUUAUAAUUAUUCUCAUUUAAAUUAAUAUUAUCUUUAUUAUCUUUAUUAUCAUUAAUAUUAUAUAUGACCGUUUAAAGAAAGAGAUUUACGACGAUCUCUAUCCUCUGGCAGGAUGAACACUUGCGUUAAAAAAAAAAAUAUAUAUAUAUAUAUCGGCGAGGGCACUUAUAUAUCGCGUAUAACAUUACUAAAAUAGAUGAAAAAAGUCGUUAUGAAAACAAAGAGCACCAUCGACGCGCAGGCAUCUCGAGAUUUAAUGAGAAGAGUAAACAGAGAGAGCAGAACUAUUAAUAUUAUAUAAAUCGAUCACCUUGUAAAUACGAGUUUUAUACAGAGCAUUGUAUUCGUUAAACAAAGAGAGUACUAACUGCGAAGUAAUAUAUAUAUAUAUAUAUAUAUAUAUAUAUAUAUAUAUAUAUAUAUAUAUACACACAUAUAUAUAUAUAUAUAUAUAUAUAUAUAUAUAUA